AUGCCGUUGGCCCGCGCCUCACUUCCGGAGCGCAAGCACGCGUUGGCGGCACUGCCCAACGACCGCGCCGCAUGGCGCGCGGCGCUGCCUCGCCGAGCCGCAAAGAAGGCCGCAGCCCUCAUCAAGAGCCUCGCUGGCUCAGAACCACAGAGGCCGAAGCUGGACAAACGCCUCCGGGAGCAGGUGGCGCUCCGCGUCGAGCGCUCGGACCCAGCGCUCGCCGCCAUCUACCGUCGCUGCUUCGACACGCUCGAGCCGCUGAUCAGCGUCCGCCGCGGCGAGCUGCAGUCUGGACGGCGUCCGACGCUCGCCUUCAUCUCGACGGGCGACAUCCCGCAGAUGCAGGCCUUCAGCGCCGGCGCCGGCCAGUCGUGGCCCGACAUCACCUUUGGCAAGACGGGCUGGAACCCAGGCUCGCAGUCGUCUGGCGCCGAGAGCGUGCGCAGCGCCACGUUCGACGCGGACUGGCGGCGCGUGGUGCGCCGGCUGCUCGCGCUGAUGGCUUCGUUCCCGGAGCUCUCGCGGGAGGGGCGCGGCACGCGCGUGCGCGGCGGCGUUGGGCUCAUCUGGUCGGGCUUCACGCCCGGAGACGACUCGCCUGCGCUUGGAUACGUCGUGCCGUCCAACAUGCUGAUCGCCGUCCAGCUCGCGCGGCUGCGCUCCAUGCUAGCCGAGGGGCUGGAGCUGGGCGGCGGCGAGACGCGCGACGACUGGUCGCGGCGGGCAGGGUUCGACCCGUUGCGCGCGCCGCCGGUGGUCAACGCGAGCGAGGCGUACAACGCGACGACAGGCAACCCGUGCUUCUUCGAGGAGCCUUUGCGCAGCCGCGGCGAGCCGGCGCUGAGCGGCGUCGGCUCUCUGCACACGGGCCCGGGCAAGCUCUGGCCGAUGCAAGGGCGCGAGGAGGUUCGAGGGCUGCUCCGCAUGCUGGAGCGCGUCGCGAACACGACGCCCGACGGGCGCAUGGUCGAGUCGUACAGCCUCGUUAUGAAGCGCUCGCGCAGCAAACAGAGCCGCGGCGGCGGUCGCGCCACCGCGGCGGGUCGCGACACGGCAGUGUUCACGCGCAGGCUCUUCGGCUGGGCCGACGCGAUCUUUGUCGAACUGAUCGCGUGGCUCGCGCUGGACGUCGGCUUUUUCGAGGGGCGGAUGCAGGAAAAUUUCCUAGCGGCGGCAGCGGCGGUCUGA